CAUAGAGAGAGGAGACACAGCGAGGAUCACACACAAGCAAGAACAGUGAGGAGGAGGUGGGAGUGUUAGCAUGUGAGAAAACGACAGCAGGCAAAGGGAGGGAGUCAGUGAGUGGAGAGAUAUAAAAAAAAAUCCCUCCAGAAGAUAGCAGAUAACACAGUCGUUUAUUUUAAACGGAAGAUUGACCAUGUUGCUGCAGACCAUCUUCAUGCUCUCUGCAACUGUUUUCUUCGGUUAUCUGGAAGGGAAGGGUGUUCAGAUGCAGCGGGACGUUCAGUGUUGUAUGCAGUACUCGCAGCAGAAUGUGCGGACCAAAGACGUUCUUAAGUUUGAGGUGCAGACAGAGGGGCCAGACUGCAGCAUAAAAGCCAUCAUAUUGUACACUAAGAAAAUGGUGAAGUGUGCAGACCCCAGGGACAGGAAAGUGAAGAGGUUACUGAAGAAACUGAGGCAGAGAGCCAAAGCCCACAAGUCCAUAAAGGUUCUGCCGCAAAGACACUUGCCUGUCAUGUCAAAAAUCCAGUAAAUAAUGGAAUGAAUUUGACUGACCACUUUAGCCUUUUCAUCCAUCACUGUCUUCUUGAACGUAUGUAGAUCACUGACUUUCAACUUUUACAGAACAGUAUGCUGUCCCUCUAAGAUAUGUAAUAUUUUAGAUCUCUUUCUAAACUGACUGUUAAUCUAUAUAUGCCAAAGCAUUAUUUUUAACUCUGUACUUCAAGCUUGUUCAUUCUCUAUAUACAUUAUAUGUGUAUCUUAUAAGCUAUACAAGCUGUUAUAUAGAGUUAAAGUGACAUGACUGUUCCUGGCUCAAACAUAGUGCAAAUACAUAUUCUAUUAUGUAUGGUAAUGCAAUCAAUUUUUAUAUAUAUAUUAAUAUAUAUAUACAGAAAUAUUGGAAAAUGCAGUGUGCAUUGAUUUUAAUGGGGGGGAAAAAGAAAGGUGGAGUUCUUUGUCCUUCCAAAAGGACAAAUUAAGCACACAAAAUGUUUUUAACAAAUUAAAAAAAAAAAAAAUGGAGUGUUGGCGCUGUGGUGGUUUUACUUUGGUAGGAUAAAAAAGACCUCUGAGGAUUACAUUUACUAAAAGUGUAGCAUUAGUCAGGUUUUGCUGAAACAGUGGCCAUGGACUGAUUAACAAUUCUGAUUGUUACUGACAAAUAAUGCGUAAAAGUGCAGUACUGUGAUGUUUCUGGGAGCAGUAACAAAACUCGCUUGACACCGACACAACCUCAUGACUUAAAUAAUAGACUUAAAUAUAUGUAUUAUGCAAAAUAAGAACUAAUCUGGCAAAGGGUCAGAAAUCUUGGU